CCCCCACCCACUUGCCCAUUUGUUCAGCUAGAGCUAGCGUAGUUCUGUGAAGCGAUGAAGGAAGGGAGUAGGAAGCAAGGGGCGGUUUCACCCUGCGCAGCUUGUAAAUUGUUGAGGAGGAGAUGCACACAAGAGUGCUUGUUUGCUCCUUAUUUCCCCGCUGAUGAGCCUCAGAAGUUUGCUAAUGUGCACAAGGUCUUCGGAGCUAGCAAUGUCAACAAGCUCUUGCAGGAACUGCCGGUGCAACACCGGAGCGAUGCCGUGAGCAGCAUGGUGUAUGAGGCAAACGCUCGCGUCCGCGACCCAGUCUAUGGCUGCGUAGGUGCAAUCUCAUCCCUCCAGCAACAGAUUGAACUCCUCCAAACUCAGCUUGCCAUCGCGCAGGCUGAAAUGGUCCACGUCCGAAUGCGUCAUGCUGCAUACCUCGCCCAGCUCGGGCACAGCCCAGUCGAGAGCACUGCCACCACCACCGGAUCUGGGUCUUCAUCGUCGACGGCGGCGACAACGACACCAUCUUCUCCGAAUUUUAUGGAGAUGCAUGAUGGAAAGGCUAUGUUUGGGCUGGACAUGGUUGUGGACCAAGCUAAUAUAAGCCAGCUGAUGUGGUCUUGUUAAUCAAUGGUUGUGUUGGUGCUGGAGUGAUGAUUUCUGAUGUCUAACUAAGUUAGGUUAUGGUAUGUGUAUGCUUGUUGUUUAGUUUCAGUCUCAGAUUGUAUAUAUCUAUUGUUUUCAAAAUGAACCCUAUAAUAUAUAGAUGUAGGUAUAUGUCUACUGUUUCUUCCA